CGAGCCUUUUAGGAAACAUUGCCCCCCGUGGCGCACUUUUUCCACUGCGUUCACUUCCAGCGGGUAACUGACGUGUACUUUAGUUAUCGCUUUUCUUGAAUAACCCAAAUAAGUCUGCGAAUUCUUUGACUGUUAUUUCCGCUGCGCGUGCUGCUACCACGCAUGCGGACUGCCAACACACUUCCAAGGUUAGCGUCAUAUCGCGGAUGAUGCUAAUAAUGCUGAUAUUUGUCAGUGGAGACGCGAUUGACUCAAGAAGCACAAUGGAUUUUGAAUAUAGCAUUUCUUCUACACCAGCAGCCUGUUUUAUGGCGUGCCCGGUCCAGUUCCUGUGCAGGACCCUCCGGACUUUGGGACUGGUUCUCUUCUACUACGUCUUCUCCAUAGGCAUCACAUUCUAUAACAAAUGGCUCAUGAAGGCCUUCCACUAUCCUCUCUUCAUGACGCUGGUCCACCUGGCCAUCAACUUCUGCCUGUCGGCGCUAACCCGACGGGCCGUGCAGUGCUGGACGGGGAAGACUGGCGUGCUGCUCAGCUGGACGGAUUACCUGCACAAAGUAGCUCCCACAGCCUUGGCCACGGCACUGGACAUUGGACUCUCCAACUGGAGCUUCCUAUUCAUCACCAUUAGCUUGUACACCAUGACCAAGUCCUCAGCAGUGCUCUUUAUUCUCUUGUUCUCUCUGCUCUUCAAAAUAGAAGAGCCGAACCCAUUCCUGGUCCUGGUGGUCGUGCUGAUCGCCAGUGGCCUGUUCAUGUUCACCUUCCAGUCCACCCAGUUCAACCUGGAGGGCUUCGUCAUGGUGCUGCUGGCGUCCUUCAUCGGGGGGAUCCGAUGGACCCUCACUCAGGUGCUCAUGCAGAAAGCCGAGUUGGGCCUCCAGAAUCCAGUGGACGCCAUGUACCACCUCCAGCCUCUCAUGUUCCUUGGCCUCUUUCCUCUCUUCCUGUACAAUGAAGGAUUGAUCCUGAGCACCUCAGACAAGUUAUUCCGCGUGACGGAGUUGUCGCCUGUCUUGUAUUCUGUGCUCUUGUUGAGCAUGGGAGGAGUCCUGGCUUUUGGUUUGGGCUUUUCAGAGUUUCUGCUGGUGUCAAGAACCUCCAGCCUCACUUUGUCCAUAUCAGGCAUCUUUAAGGAGGUCUGCACGCUGCUGCUGGCAGCAUGGCUGAUGGGAGACAAGAUGAGCGCCCUCAACUGGCUGGGGUUUGCAGUGUGUGUGUGUGGUAUUGCACUGCACGUGGCUCUCAAGACCUGUUAUUCCAAAAAUAAACUCCCGUCCUUACGGCAGCUGAACAGUAGGAGCUCGGAGCUCCAGCUGCCCUUGCUCAGACAUGAAGACCUUUCUGCUGCUGAUGAGGAUGAGGAUGGAGAAGAGGAAGAGGAAAUGACUCUGCACUAGCACAAUACAUCAUCAUCAUCAUCCUGGAGGUCCAUUGUGGUGUGUUUGAGCAUCAUCUGCUGCCUCAGGGACUUACUGAAAUAUGAUUGCUGUUGCCAGGUAGAAUUGAAUGCGAUAGAAUGUUCUACGUGACAACAUGCUAAUAUUUCCUUCAACUUGACUUAUCACAUGUUUCCACGUGCGACAAGAAGCCCGCCUCCAUCACAAGCACCUGAUUGUGUUACUGGCACUCAAGCAGCCUCCUUCCUGUGGAAUGUUUGGGUCCACGUGGUAGUCAUACUUAAGUAUACUGGAGUGUGUUUGCUCGUGAAAUAUGACUGAAUACGCCAUAAAAGCCUUUACCCAACCCCCCCGGGCUUGAAUUCAAUCACGUGA